AUGGCUACCACUAGCAACUCAAUCACUGACAGUCAGUCUAAUUCAAACACUCCAGAACCUUGCAUUGUGGAUGAUCCAAAUGACAACACUCCUCUGAUGGAUGACAUGCGAGAGAUUGUUGUCAACUUGAGUGAAACUGCUCGUGCUGGUGCUUCAGCUGCUACCAAGAGUGUGGUGACCUUUUGGAAUGACUUUGGUGAUUUUGUCGAUAAAGGUCCUGUGGUAGAACUUGGUAUUGGUGUGAUUACUGGUGCUGCCUUUUCUAGUGUCUUGACUUCGUUUGUAGAGGACAUUCUUACUCCUCCGCUGAGCUUUCUUAGCUCAUCAAUCCGUAACAUGUUCUUUGUGCUCAAACAUGGUUUGUCCAACUCCACUCUAUACCCAACACUUGAAAGUGCAAAGGCAGAUGGUGCUGUUACAAUCAACUUUGGCAUGUUUGCUGAUCGUCUGGUCAGUUUCUUCAUUACAAUGUUGGUGAUGUUUUGGUUUAUUCGGAUAUAUCGUCAAGCCAAACGACAAUUGGCAGCGCUUAGACGGGAAAAGGAAGACGAAGAACAGGAACAAGUCACCAAGUGUCAGUGGUGUAGAUCCAGUAUUGAUCCAGAGGCUUAUCGAUGUCCUAAUUGUACGGCCUUGCUAGACACUUAUCCGCCUGGAAGAGGUCCUCCUUUGCCUCGAAAAACAAGCUAA